UGGUCUGUUUUACUAGACAUGCUUGAGCAAUCUGCUUGUAAUCCUGCCAUUGCAAGUGUUCUUCUGAAGAGCAUGCAACGUAUCUUACAACUUGCUUUUGAUGAAAGUUUGGCUUCAUUUAAGUCACUUGAUACAAUUGCACGGGUACUUAAGGUUGCAUGUAUUCAAGCUCAAGAACUCAAAAAGUUUAAGAGUUCAAUCCGGCAGUUGGAUGACUUGAAUCUAGAUCUGAAUAAUUCAACUGGCAUGGUUCACUCAAAAGAAGAUCCUAAUAAAUGGGCCUCUUGUAUGGAGUACUCCUUGGAGCUCUUUAUUAGGUAUCUCUCGUUGACAGAUGAUGCAAAACGUCUGGUAUUGCAUAAUGCUGCUUGCAUUGAUUGCCUUUUUGAUCUCUACUGGGAAGAAAAUUGUCGAAACUCUAUAAUGGAACACAUCAUUGAAUUAAUUAAGUUACCUCCAUUAUCCUCUGAAGACCAAACAGCAAAAUUGUGGUUAUGCUCGAAAUACAUGGAAACCUUUACUCGUGCAAAGGAAAGGGAGUCAGAUUUUGCAGAAGUGGCACUUGAUCUAUUAUCGAGAAUGAGACAUGUCCUUUUGACUGAUCGCUUGUACUAUCAGAAGCUCUUUUGUGAUGGAGAGUGCUUUUUGCAUAUAAUAUCAUUAUUAAAUGGAACCAUUGAUGACCAGAAUGGGGAGCUGUUGCUGCUGAAUGUCCUUGGUGUAAUGGCUUUACUUCUUGCUGGAAAUAAUGAGUCAAAGGUUGCCCUUAGAGCAUUAGUAGGCGUGGGUUAUCAAACAUUACAGAGUUUGCUUUUAGACUUUUGUAAGUCAAGGUUUAGUGAGGAAUUUCUGAACGCUCUUCUUGACAUGCUUGUUGAUGGAAAGUUCGAUGUGAAAGACACAGCUAUAAUCAAGAAUGAAGAUGUGAUUUUACUUUUCGCCAAUAUUCUUCAAAAGAGCAGUGCCCCUCUAAAGCAUUAUGGGCUUGAUGUUCUUCUGAAAUUGCUAAAGGAUUCAAUUGCCAACCGGACUUCAUGUUCACGAGCAGGACUGCUUAGCUUUCUUCUAGAUUGGUUUGUCAUUGAGGAUAAUGAUGAUAUGAUUUCAAAAAUUGCACAACUUAUUCAAGUCAUUGGGGGACAUAGCAUAUCUGGAAAGGACAUCCGGAAAAUAUUUGCUCUUCUUCGCAGCGACAAAAUUCGAUGCAGUCAAUUCUAUAGUUCUUUGCUUUUGAGCACUGUCAGUUUUAUGCUCAAGGAAAAAGGGCCUGAAGCUUUUUUCGAGUUCAGUGGAUACGAUUCUGGAAUUGUUAUUAAAACACCAGUCCAAUGGCCAUGCAGUAAGGGUUUUUCCUUUACUUGCUGGCUCAGGGUGGAGGACUUCCGUGAAACUGGAAUGAUGGGCUUAUUUUGCUUCCUUACUGAUAAUGGAAGGGGAUGCUUGGCAAUGCUGGGACAAGACAAGAUGUAUUUCGAGUCCAUCAACCAAAAGCUGCAGUCUGUUUCUUUGCCAAUCAACAUUCUUCCCAAUAAAUGGCAUUUUCUUACCAUUACCCACAGUAUUGGAAGAGCAUUUUCUGGGGGGAGCACAGUAAAGUGUUAUAUUGAUGGUGUUCUUAUAUCUUCUGAGAAAUGCAGGUAUGCAAAAAUUAGUGAGGUUCUAACACAUUGCAGAAUAGGAACUGAUUGUAGAUCAAAGGACACAGAAAGUCAAUUUCCUGCUGAGAAGGCAUAUCCUUUCCAUGGUCAAAUUGGUCCAAUAUAUAUAUUUAGUGAUUGCCUUUCAUCCGAGCAAAUCAAAGGCAUAUUCUGCUUGGGGCCAAGUUAUAUGUAUUCAUUCUUCUGUGAUGAAGUUCCUCUGACUUUGGAUAUUGCAUUUUCCAAUGGAAUUUUUGAUGCAAAAGAUGGCCUUUCAUCAAAGAUCCUUUUUGGUCUAAAUGCUCAGGCUAGCAAAGGCAGAGCACUGUUUAAUGUUACAACGGUGCUUGAUAAUCUUUCUGAAGAUGAUUUCAUAGUUGCAACAGUGAUGAAUGGGACACAAUUAUGUUCUCGGCGCUUGCUGCAAGAGAUCAUUUACUGUGUUGGUGGUGCUUUUGUAUUUUUCCCCCUUCUGACCGACUUUGAUAGGUUUCAAGGUCACAAGGGAGAGAAUGAGUAUACAAUGAUGAAGAUAAUGAGUGAUAAACUCCCAGCUCAAGUUAUUGAGCUUAUAGCUUCUUUUUUAGAUGGGAAACUUGCAAAUCAGCAGCAUAUGCAUCACCAUUCGGGAUUUGCUGUUCUUGGUUUCUUGUUUGAAUCAAUUCCUACUAAAUAUUUGAAUAUGGAAACACUUUCAUCUUUGAAAUAUUUGUUUGAAGUUCUGAGAAGUUGUGGUAUGUCUGAGUUGCUCCUGAAAGAUGCUAUUUUGCGGAUUUACUUGAAUCCUCAGAUCUGGGUGUAUGCAAACUAUGAGGUGCAAAGGGACCUGUAUUUGUAUCUUAUUCACUAUUUUGAAACCGAUAGAAGCUUGUCUCCUUCAUUGCUUGGGUUUCCAUGGAUUAUUGACAUGAUAUGCCAAUUUUACUGUGACAACACAAGCCUUUUAGGAAGCAAGUCUUAUUUGCAUUCCAUAGCCAGAGAAGUAAUUGGAGAGCGACCAAUCUCCGAAGAAGUUCGAAAGAUUCGGCUUCUUUUACUAAGUCUCGGAGAAAUAAGUCUAAGGCAGAAAAUUUCAGCGUCUGAUAUAACAGCUAUAAUUGCAUUUUUUGAAAGAACCCAGGAUAUGGUAUGCAUUGAGGAUGUGCUGCACAUGAUUAUUCGUGCUCUUUCGCAUAAGUCGCUGUUAGCAUCAUUCUUGGAACAAGUUAAUUUACUUGGUGGCUGUCAUGUCUUCAUUAAUCUUCUUGAGAGGGAGUUGGAGCCAAUCAGGCUUCUUGGUUUGCAGCUAAUGGGAAAGCUUUUAAUUGGACUUCCCUCUGAGAAGAAAGGCACAAAAUUUUUUAGUCUUCCAAUUGGACGAUCAAAAUCCAUCUCUGAAAAUAUCAGGAAGGGUGCAAGUAUGAAACAACAGACAAUAUUUACUGCAAUGUCAGAUAGGUUGUUUAAGUUUCCAUUAUCAGACCAUCUGUGUGCCACAUUGUUUGAUGUUCUUCUUGGAGGUGCUAGUCCUAAGCAGGUUCUACAAAAAUCCAGUCAAUGGGAAAAAGAAAAAGAUAAUAAAAGCUUUUCUUCAAGGAUCUCCUCCCAUUUUUUCCUUCCUCAUGUUUUGGUUUGCAUUUUCAAAUUUCUGGCAAGUUGCAAUGACCUGACAGCACGGGAAAGAAUGUUGAAGGACUUGUUUGAACUUCUUGAUUCAAAUCCCUCAAACAUUGAGUGUCUGAUGGAAUAUGGUUGGAAUUCUUGGUUGGAGACAUCUGUUAAACUUUACCGAACUUAUGGUUUGGCAUCACAAACACACUUCCAGAGCUCAGCUGUUACUGAACUUGCAUUAAUGAGAAAUUUAUUUUGUGUUGUCCUUUCUCAUUAUAUACUCUCUGUGAAGGGUGGUUGGCAUCAAUUAGAAGAGACAGUGUAUUUUUUGCUCUUGAACUUUGAAGAGGGCGAAUUUCUCUUGCCCAAUUUGCUCUUGAAUAUCUUUGAAGAUCUUGUUGGAACUCUGGCUGAAGUAUCUUCUGAAGAAAAUAUAUUUGCUUCACAACCAUCUCGGGACAAUGCACUAUACCUUUUAAAGCUUCUUGAUGAGAUGCUUAUUCUUGAAAUUGGUGAAAGUAUAUUGUUUCCUGGAAUUGGUAUUUCUUCAAGCAUUGUAUCUAACUCUGUGCAACUGGAUAUUCAAAAAGACAUCAAUUGUGCUGUUACUGAGAUCUUGAGUACUGAAGCUGAUGAUCAACCUUUAAGAAUUCCAUGGAACUCUAAGUCUUGCAGACAGGCAGAUAAUAUGGGUGCAGAUGAGUAUUUGGCUUUCUAUGACAGAAUAUGGGUCCUAAUUGGUGAACUUAAUGGGAAAGGGGCAGGUAAGAUGUUGCCUAAAAGUUCUCCUCUUGGUCUUCCAUCCUUUGGACAAAGAGCGCGUGGAUUGGUAGAGUCUUUGAAUCUCCCAGCUGCAGAAAUGGCUGCUGUAGUUGUAUCUGGAGGACUUGGCAAUGCAUUGAGUGGGAAGGCAAAUAAAUAUGUUGAUAAAGCUAUUCCAUUGAGAGGAGAAAGGUGCCCAAGAAUAAUUUUCCAUCUUUUAGUUCUGUAUCUUUGUAAAGCUGAUCUAGGAAGAGCAUCAAAAUGUGUUCAACAACUCAUUUCAUUGCUCCCUGCUCUUUUUAUAUCUGAUGACGAUCAAAGCAAGAACAAGCUACACUUAUUCAUUUGGUCUCUACUGACAAUUAGAUCACAGCAUGGGAUGCAGGAUGAUGGUGCUCGUUUUCAUAUCAUAUCACACUUGCUUCUUGAAACAAUGAACAGUGCAAAGGCUUUGCUUGCGACAAGUAUAUUAUUCAAAGAGGAAUCAUAUGAAGCAAGCAGCAACAUGAAAGAAGCAUCAUAUAUUCUUAACAUUAUUCAAAGGGAUCGAGUUCUUGCUGCGGCAGUUGAUGAGGCAAAAUACGUAAGAACUGUGCAAACUGAUUGUAUUAAGCAGUUGAAGGAGCUUCAGGUCAAGUUUGAUGAGUAUUCACAUACAGAGCUAAAUGAAAGGAAGGCAUUUGAAGAUGAGAUGCAAGCUGACCUAAAUGCUAUUUGUUCUUCAGACAGUCAUAGACGUGCCUCUUCCCAGCUUGCUCAUGAUGAGGACCAUCAAAUUGUUUCUGCGAAAUGGAUCCAUUUGUCUCGUGCUUUAAGUGAUGAAAGAGGUCCUUGGUCCUCUAAUUCAGUUCCAACUAGUACUAUAACACAUUGGAAACUUGAUAAAACUGAGGACAGGUGGCGACGUAGACCAAAAUUGAAGCGCAAUUAUUGUUUUAAUCAACAACUUUGUCAUCCACCUCCCAUUAAAUCAGUUAGUGAUACUAGCAAUCCUUCGAGUGACUGUCACAGCAGCAGCCAAGUCCCUGAUAAAGUGAAGCACUUUAUUUUGAAAGGAGUCAGAGGAAUUACUGAAGAAGGUGCUUCAGAUCGUUGUCAAGAUUCCAAUGAGUCGGCCACCUUGAAUAACUCCUAUUCUGGUACUACCCCAGAGAAUCAAUCUCUAAAGCCCUCAGAAGACUGCUCAAAUCAAGUAGACUUUGUUCCUGAGGGGAAGAACACACCCUACACUGGAGCAGAUAGUCAAUCAACUGAGGUUCAAUUCUCAAUUCCAUGUGUUCUUGUGACGCCUAAAAGGAAAUUGGCAGGGCAUUUAUCUCUCAUGCAAAAUGUUCUGCAUUUUUUGGGGGAGUUUUUAGUUGAAGGAACUGCUGGUGCUUCUAUUUUCAAGAACUUUGAUUCUUUAAGAACUUCAGAUGCCAACAAGCGUGAUCUAGUUGGAGGGACCAUAAAUCUUGAGUUGAACCAUGAAAAGGGAGGUACUGAGAAGAUAAAUACUAAUGCUUUUCCAGAUAAUCAACCUACUAAAAUUAAAUGGCGUAGGAGGUGGAAUGUUUCCAAGAUCAAAGCAGUUCAUUUGACACGGUAUCUGUUGCAAUUUACAGCUAUAGAGAUUUUCUUCAAUGAUUUAGCUCAGGCUGUAUUUCUCAAUUUUGCUUCACAAAAAGAUGCUAAACAUGUCGGAACAGUAAUAGUUUCGUUGAGGAAUGAAUCCUUGUUUCCGAGAGGAAGUCUCAAGGAUAAAAGUGGAGUUAUUUCUUUUGUUGAUAGACGGACCGCUAUUGAGAUCGCUGAAACUUCUCGAGAGAGUUGGAGAAGAAGGGAAAUAAGCAACUUUGAGUACUUAAUGAUAUUAAAUACACUUACUGGCAGAUCCUACAAUGAUUUGACCCAGUAUCCAGUCUUUCCUUGGGUACUGGCUGAUUAUUCCUCAGAAAAGCUUGACUUCAAUAAAUCCUCUACUUUUAGGGAUCUUUCUAAACCAGUUGGGGCACUAGAUGAAAAGCGUUUCCAGGCUUUUGAGGACAGAUACCGCAACUUUAGUGAUCCUGAUAUUCCCAGCUUUUAUUAUGGAUCUCAUUAUUCAAGCAUGGGUAUUGUGCUAUUCUACCUGCUCAGGCUAGAGCCUUUUACAACCCUCCAUCGUAGCUUGCAGGGUGGCAAAUUUGAUCAUGCAGACCGUCUUUUCCAUAGCAUUGAGGGGACAUAUUGUAAUUGCCUGUCUAACACCAGUGAUGUUAAGGAGCUUAUACCUGAAUUCUUUUACAUGCCUGAGUUCCUCGUUAAUUCCAAUUCAUAUCACCUGGGUGUGAAGCAAGAUGGUGAACGGUUGGAUGAUGUUCUUCUCCCACCAUGGGCGAAGGGCUCACCCGAAGAAUUUAUCUAUCGAAACCGAGAAGCGCUUGAGAGUGAGUAUGUGAGUUCCAAUCUCCAUCACUGGAUAGACUUAGUAUUUGGGUAUAAGCAGCGUGGGAAGCCUGCAGUAGAGGCUGCAAAUGUGUUCUAUUACUUGACUUAUGAAGGUGCUGUUGAUUUGGAAUCAAUGGAUGAUGUUUUACAGAGAUCUGCUAUAGAAGACCAGAUAGCAAAUUUCGGCCAAACACCAAUUCAAAUUUUUCGUAAAAAACAUCCUAGAAGAGGACUACCGAUUCCUAUUGCUCAUCCUCUAUAUUUUGCUCCUGCAUCAAUUACAUUGACCUCAAUUGUUUCUAGUACAACUUAUUCCCCAUCUGCAGUACUAUUUGUCAAUAUAGUGGACUCAAAUGUUGUAAUUGUAAAUCAGGGGCUUAUCCUAUCUGUAAAAACAUGGCUCACAACCCAGUUACAAUCUGGUGGAAACUUCACAUUCUCUGGAUCUCAGGAUCCCUUUUUUGCCAUUGGUUCUGAUGUGCUGCCUCCUCGCAAAGUCGGUACUCCCUUGGCUGAGAAUUUUGAGCUUAGAAGACAGUGCCUUGCAACAAUGCAUACUUCUGGUGAGAGUUACUUGGUUUCAUGUGGUAACUGGGAAAAUAGUUUCCAGAUCAUAUCACUUAAUGAUGGGAGGAUAGUGCAAAAUAUUUGUCAACAUAAGGAUGUGGUUAGCUGUGUUGCAGUGACAUCUGACGGGAGCAUCCUCGCAACUGGAAGUUAUGAUACAACAAUCAUGAUAUGGCAUGCUUGUCAAGGGAGAUCAUCAGAGAAAAGGUCACGUAACAUACAAACUGAUUUUCCACGAAAAGAUCAAGUUGUCCAGCAAGCCCCUGUUCACAUACUUUGCGGGCAUGAUGACAUCAUUACUUGCCUCUUUAUCAGUACAGAGCUGGAUAUCGUUAUCAGUGGAUCAAAAGAUGGAACUUGUAUUUUCCACACCUUGAGGGAGGGAAGGUAUGUAAGAUCCAUUAAACAUCCAUCUGGCUGCGCGUUGUCAAAGUUGGUUGCAUCACAGCAUGGGCGUCUGGUGUUUUAUUCUGAGAAUGAUCUUGGUCUGCACAUGUAUUCUAUUAAUGGAAAGCAUAUUGCCUCUUCUGAGUCAAAUGGUCGACUAAAUUGCCUUGAACUUAGUAGUUGUGGACACUUCCUAGUUUGUGCUGGUGAUCAUGGGAAUGUGGUUCUCCAUUCGAUGCAUUCACUGGAUGUUAUAAGGAGAUAUGAAGGAACUGGGAAGAUGAUAGCAUCUUUAGCUGUUACCCCUGAAGAAUGUUUCAUAGCUGGGACCAAAGAUGGUAGUCUCCUCAUAUAUUCAAUUGAAAACCUUCACCUGCGUGGAUCAAGCUUACCACGAAACAUGAAGUUAAAAACUUCUACAAUUUGAUAAUGCAUGGAACUAUUCUUUGGUGUCACAUUUUGGCAGUGGUUACCAUCAGAAGGAAACCUUGGGCAACCAUGAGUGAUCGAUAUGCACGCUCUCGGUGUUGGGGCAAGGAUAAUGUGAGGUUUGUAAAACUAAAACUGCACACGAUGAAACCUGGAUCAGUUUGUGCAACUCUGAUAGUGUGGUGCCAUACUCAUGUCAAUCCUCAUUGCCUGACAUUCUUCUCAAAAUUUUUUUUUUUUAUCUGACUUACAGUAUUGGCCUUCCAGUAACGAUCUAAGAAUUUCCUGAAGGGGUGAUAUGAUGUUCUGAUAUGUGGGU